AUGACAGACGAUAUUGUAUCAUUAAGUCAUCAUGAUUUCCAGCCUGUUCAAUCACAAUUUAAACAAUUGGUUGACGAAUUCGAUGCUUUGGGAGAGCAUUGCCGGUGUAUAUAUGAGACUGCAAGAGGAAAGGUUAUACCUCAAUUAAAGUCUGUCAAAUUUAAUCUACUCAAUGAAGAUGAUAAAAGGGUGUCAUCAGCUUCAGCGUUUCAUGAAGAAGCCUUUAAUCAACUACAAGAACUAUUAGACAUGCAUACAAAUUGUUCAUAUUUGUUAAAAUUACAUCAAACUUUAAUUGAUUUAGAAGAUUCAAUCAAUAAAUUGAUAUGUGAAUGUUCAAUAGUUGGUGAAAAAGAAAACUGGGAAAAAAUACUCAAUGUAAAAGAGUUAAAAGGUGAUUGUAAGGCUAACAACUUAGAAGUCGAAGAAAACUACAAAGAUAUUAAUGAGGCAGUAUGCAGUUCAUGCGUCGAUGAUGUAGUUCAUUAUCUUGAAUUGGCUGAACAUUUAUUCGCUGAACAAACAAAGUUUAAUAAGGACGCUGCAUUGGUAUUUCAAAGUAUGCUGCAUGCACUUAUACGAUGCAAGGAUCGUCUUGCUCAAUUUGUCGAUGAGUUAUGGUGUCGAUGGAUUAUUCUAGAGCUGCCGUCAAAACAAAAAGAUGUGACACCAUUUUCUAAUGUCAGUAUCCCCUAUCCAUCAUCAAUUCAUGAACAGGUGGAAUCGAAUGAUUUUUUCAGUUUUUCAUUCAACGCUUGUCUACCGUCAGUAGCUCAAAUGGAAAAAGCACUGAAUAAUCCAAAUUCCCUAUUCGAUUCAAUUUUUUAUCGUCUGUCGUCGGAUAAUGAUGAUGAUGAUGUACCGGCGACUAGUCCACUAUGCGGAAAAUCUUCCGUAUUGGCUAGUCUUAAAAUAUUGGCCAAGCCUGGAUUAAUAUGUCAGUUGUUGAGAAUUAUUGAAGCUUUAAAAGAAUCUAAGACUCGUAUUUAUGAAUUGUUCAAUCAAAUUUGGACGUACAUCUUUAAACCUUGGCUUAAAAAGGUCCCAUGUGUAUCCGGUUCAGAAAUGGGUUGGCCAGAGUUAAAGACACAACCAUCUAUCUAUCAUAUUGCGUUAACAGUCUGUAUAGGACUGCGAGAUAUUGACACACUAAUUCGUGAAAUUCGUGACACAGGUUCGGCAUGGUGUGUGAUGGACAGUCGACGACCUGUGGAGAAGUUUAGUUUCACAACCAGGGAAAAUGAUAAGCUCUUAUAAGAAAUUUCCAGAGAUUGUCGGCAUGGAUUCAACCUACAAUACGGGGAUAAGGAAGAGUAAUAUUUCAAUGUAAAACCAAUCACUCGCAGUAAUCCUCUGUAUCAACUGGUCGUUACAGAUGGUCUGAACAGAAGUUGUCCAGUCAUGUACAGUAUAACUCAUCGCGAAAGACUUGUUGACGUUGAAGCAGUGUUACAGUCCUUUAAGAAUAUCAUGGGUGAUACAUGACAGACGGUCACGUUUAUAAUUGACAACAGUGCUGCAGAGCAACGUGC